ACGGCUAGGGGACUAAGGCGUGACAGGUGGGGCUGGACAAGGCUGGAUUAAGCAUUAAUGCAGCUGCUGUCACCACUGCCCAGAGGACCAAGUUCACAGAGCCAAGCUGCAGAGCUACUUAGUGUACUCAGGCUGCAGAAGUGGUGACAGCAGACAUGGCUCAGUUUGUCCAGGUCCUGGCUGAAAUAGGUGACUUUGGUCGCUUCCAGAUAUGGCUAUGGAUCCUGCUGUGUAUUCCCAACUUCCUGUGUCCCUUCUACUUUUUUGCCCAUGUCUUUAUGGUCUUGGAUGAGCCCCACCACUGUGCAGUGGCCUGGGUGAAGAACCACACUUUCAACCUGAGUGCUGCUGAGCAGCUGGCACUGAGCGUGCCCCUGGACGAUGCAGGCCGCCCGGAUCCCUGCCUCAUGUUCCGGCCACCCCCCGCCAAUGCCAGCCUGCAGGACAUCCUCAGCCACCGCUUCAAUGAGACGCAGCCUUGUGAUCUGGGCUGGGAAUAUCCUGAGGACAGGCUCCCCUCCCUAAAGAAUGAGUUCGACCUGGUUUGUGAUCGGAAGCACCUGAAGGACACCUCGCAGUCAGUGUUCAUGGCCGGGCUCCUUGCUGGCAGCCUCACGUUUGGGCCCCUCUGUGACCGGAUCGGCCGCAAGGCCACCAUCCUGGUGCAGCUGCUGCUCUUCUCUGCCGUCGGACUGGCCACCGCCUUUGUGCCCAGCUUUGAGCUCUACAUAGCCCUGCGCUUUGCUGUGGCUACCGCUGUCGCCGGGUUCAGCUUCAGCAGUGUCACCCUGCUGACAGAGUGGGUGGGGCCCUCGUGGAAGACGAAGGCCGUGGUCCUGUCCCAGUGCAGCUUCUCCCUUGGGCAGAUAGCGCUCGCUGGACUCGCCUACUGUUUCCGCAGCUGGAGACUCUUCCAGAUGGCCGGCACCGCACCUGGCUUACUGCUCUUCUUCUACUUCUGGGUUCUGCCAGAGUCUGCACGGUGGCUCCUGACCCAGGGGAGGAUGGAUGAGGCGAAACAGCUGAUCCAGAAGGCAGCCUCGGUCAACAGGCGGAAACUCUCCCCAGAGCUCCUGAGCCAGCUGGUCCCAGAGAGGACAGGCCCCUCAGGGAAUGCCCUGGAUCUGUUCAGACACCCCCAGCUCCGGAAGAUGACCCUGAUUCUCUUCUGUGUCUGGUUUGUGGACAGUGUGGGGUACUUCGGGCUGAGCCUCCAAGUAGGGGACUUCGGCCUAGACAUCUACCUGACGCAGCUCAUCUUUGGAGCUGUUGAGGUGCCUGCUCGCUCUUGCAGCAUCUUCAUGAUGGAAAGGUUUGGCCGCAAGUGGAGCCAGCUGGGGAACUUGGUCUUGGGUGGCCUUAUGUGUAUCAUCAUCAUCUUCAUCCCAGCAGAUCUGCCCCUGGUGGUCACCGUGCUGGCUGUGGUGGGGAAGAUGGCCACAUCGGCCGCCUUUACCAUCUCCUACGUGUACUCUGCCGAGCUCUUCCCCACUGUCCUCCGGCAGACAGGCAUGGGGCUGGUAGGCACCUUCUCCCGGCUUGGGGGCAUCAUCACACCACUAGUGAUCCUGCUGGGAGAGUGCUACGCUGCCCUCCCCAUGCUCAUCUAUGGCAGCCUCCCCAUCGUGGCCGGCCUGCUCUGCGCCCUGCUGCCAGAGACGCGUGGCCAGGACCUGAAAGACACCAUCCAGGACCUGGAGCCAGAGCCCCGCCCACGGUCCCCCAGAUCAGCGCCCUCAGAGAAGGAAAUGGAAGCCACAGGAAGAACUUCCAGCCCGGGAGUGGCCUUUGUGAGCAGCACGUACUUCUGAUUGAGGUCUCUAAGAGCUGGACCAUCAGCAGCAGGGAGCUACCUAAACACCCCCUUGGAUAUGGCCAGGACCCGUGGGGACACAGUGCAAGACCAGCCUUGCUAUGGAGGCAGUACACCACAACCCAGCCCAUGACUGUCACCUGCCACUGAGCCCAGUCCCAGAAGUACCUGGGACAGGACCUCCUGGCCUCCUUCCCCUUUCUCCUCUCCAGAGCCCCGCCCCCGAUACCUUGUCUGGGAAGGAUCUUGGGUUUUACUUGUCCUCCAACA